AUGAAGUCAUCGACAUUGUCGUCAACCAUAGCUGAUUAUCAUAAACGAAGUGCGCGUCUAUCUUCGGAAAUAUUAAAAAGUGAAGAGCAACGUGUUCUAUUGGAUCAAAGAUUAAAUUCAUUAUUCACGAUUGAUUCACGGUUAAAACAACGUCAACAAGUGGAUGAUAUUCAUUCCUACUUUAAUAACUUCAAUCAAGAAUCAGAACGAGCGAGACAACGAAAUUUGCAAUUAUUGAACGAUAUUCAUCAGGCUGAACAACAUUUGGAUCAAUUGCGACAAGAUUCUGAACGCUUGAUACGAUUGAAACAUGAUUACGCACAAUAUCUUGAAUCAAAUUAUCCUAAUUGGCAAAAAUCUCAAUCAACGAUCAGUGCAAUUGUUAAUAAAGAUGUCUACGAUUUUGGUCGAUCGAAUACUACUCAAACUAGUGAAAAAUACAAUUUAGGGCUCCCCACAGCAUAUCCACCGACUCUUUCUUCGACGUUACAACAACGUAUUGAGUAUUCAACAUCCUCAGUAUCGAAUACUCAGCAUGCAGACGAUCAAUCCUUAUCAGAAUCUACAUCAAACACACUUUCACGUUCGAAACGUCCGGGUUCGCUUCGAAUGGAAUUAAGUCGCUCAGGUCUUUUUUUCCUACUUGAUUACAUCGAACAAGAAUUGCACAAUACUAUCGACAAAAAGAAAUUCUAUCAUCACGAUCCACCGACAAUCACGCAGAGUCGUACUGUAUUAGAUGUUGCCAAUGGUCAGCAACAAUCAGCAUUGAAAGAUCUCGAUCCAGCAACAGUAUCGAUGGUCAUACUCGAUCAGCUGCCUUCCACCAUACGUCGCACAACGGUUCAUCAAUGCUUAUUAACUGAAGAUAUACUUUCCUUGAAUGUGAUUGACUUAGAUAAAGAUGCCAUCACAAAAAUUUUACCGGAAAAGGACCGAAAUCUUUGGACACGAUUGAUUGAUCAUUUUACGCAAUUAGUGAAAUUUCAUAUCAUGAAUUCUCAAAUUGCAGCAAAUAAAUUUGCCACAUUUUUAUCGCCGAACAAUGCUUUAUACCUUCACGACAAAGCGAAGAGUCUUCUCAAACAUAUUCUAGAAAAACUUGUUGGGACACAAUCAUCAACUUCAGAAAGUGAUACAUCAUCCGAAAGAAAACAACCAGUAGAGCCUAUGAUUAAAACAACUACCACAUCAUCGACACCGUGGUUAAACAAAUUAGUAGCUGGUGGUGGACUUCACGAGGACGACGAUGACGACACAUCAACAACCUCAACUGUAACAAAGAAGAAUGUCAAGUCAUCAAGUUCUACGCCCAGAACAAAUAAAAACUUCGAUGAUAAUGACCUUGAUUUUUAUAGUUAA